AUGCUAUACAGUCUGCUAGUUGCAAUUUGUGCACUUUACGUAACAACAGUGAUUGCAUUCGCCAACUCUGGUGCACUUCUUAUAAGAAAUAAAGCAAUCGAAGGUGCCUAUAAGCCAAAACACAUUGAAAGAGCCCGUGAUGUCAAGCAAGCGUUAGUAGACUUAAAGGUGGGCGAGAAUGAUGAUGAAUAUGUUGAUGUAUAUCAAUUGCGUUCAAACGACUGGGAUUCCUCAUUAUUGAACGAGGAACACCAAACAAUCAAUAUACCUGCAGUAAUUUACAAAAAUAUCGAGGAGCUUGAUGGUUUCAGCAAAACAUUCAGUGGUAAAUCUGUAAAAAUAUUGAGCAAAGAUGAGAUUCGCAAUUUGCUUAAUUCAAAAGAUCUGUCCUUUAUUGUUCAGGUAAUACCCACAUUUGAUGCACCUUCAAUUAAAGAUAAGAUUGAAGAGAAAAUUAUCAAUUUAUACAACAAUGAAGACACCAUAAUUGUUGCUGCGAAAAGGGAAGAUACGCAAGAAGUAACAGAUGACAAUGAUGAUGAAAACGAAUCUGCAGCGGACACUGUGAAACUUGAACAGGAAAUUGAGAAUGAUUUUGCCAUGGCAGAGAAGUUGGCUGCUGAAGAGGAUAAACUAAAUGAUAAUCCAGUCACCAUUUUAGGUGAAGAUGUUCCUGGAGAGAAUAGCACAACGACAAAGCCAAACAAUUUGUUCACCAAUUAUCAGUUUUUCACGUCUGGAAUUUGGUCAGGAAUAAUUGUUUCUGGAUUCUUGUUGGCUAUCUUGUAUACUGCCAUCAGUUGGAUUGCUUCACUAGAAAUCACAUACUCCUCAUUUGAAAAGCAAGUUGAUUUUGACAAAAAAAACGAGUAA